UUGGCCGUUUCGAGUUUCUGUUGUGCAGUGAUUUGAUUGCUUGGCCCCCGCUAUGUGAUUCGGUUCGGUCACACCUCGCUCUGCAUCUGCACCGACUCUCCUCUUCAUCUUCUUUACCGAAAGAGAAAAUAUUGAACUUCAUUUAGCUGUGUUGUCGUCGCUCUCCAGCGUGGAAGAUGUCCGCUGGCUUCCCCGGGCCAGAGCCAGUUUAGGAAGAUCUUUUUCCCACGGAGCCUCAUCAGAAAAAAACCCAGCGUUUUUGACGUGCUUAGCCCGUUGACGUUUAACGUUAGAGGCAGCUGUCAAAGUUGGGCCCUCGCUCGUAAACACGGAGCUGCAUGGCUGUGAAACUGUACCUUGGACUAUUUACGUGAAGUUAAAGGCCAAGUUAUGUCUGUUGUGCCAGGCCGAGGCGAGGACGGACAGGAGAUGCCUUCUGGCUAGCAGCGCUAAUGGUAUCUGGACCACAGCUAGGUCGCAAAACAUAGCACAUUAUUCGUCUACACAGUAUUGUGGUCUCGUUAUGCUUUGUUUAGAAGACACUCCUCAGUUCGCAGUCAGUCAGACCGUCGGUGUGAACUAGAAAGUGCUGCUAACGUAAGAUGCCGAAACAGCCAUUACUUUGUUAGCUAAUUGUAAUCUCGCCUCGAGUCAGUAACACUUGAAUUAUCUUGCACUCGAGGUGCGGCGUCAAGCUAGCUAGCUGUGCUGGUCAGCUUCAGUUUCAUGACAACACAAGCCAAAUGCCUAGCCCUUAUUCACUGUCACAAAACACUGCGCGGAGUGUUGUCUGUCCAGCACUAAUACUCAUCUGUUCGUGGUAUGUUAAAACGGGCUGCAUGAAGGGGUCUCUUUUUGAAAGAUUUAGCCUAGUCAGUGGGUGGACUAACAUGACCAUGAAGUUUACUAACUAGCACGUAAAGAAAAAGGUGCGGUAAGGACACAGAACUGAUAGACAUUUAAUCAUCUCAGAUUGUAAAUCACAACAAGGAGAAGACAGCAGCUCAACCUGUUGACCAUGGAGGGAAACGUACAGCAACAACAACAGAAAGCGACUCCUUUAGCUCGGGAACUAACAAGGAUAUUCAACAGCUACAACAAGCACACCAUACAGCUGAAGAAGAACCUGAAGGAGACCAAUGUAUUCUUCCGGGAAAUAAGGCAAAAUUACAGCAAUACAUGUGCAUCAACCAUGAGCUCGGAUUCAGCUUCUCUGGAGUCAGGCCAGUUUAGCUGCAUCUCUUUCCCCAGCCAUGAAGAAGAGUUUCUACGCAAUACUGUGGGCGCUGCCCCAUACAUCCUGGUACUCGGCCAGGACUGUGCUGCCCGCUACCAACUGCUCAACUGCCUUCUGGGGGAGAGGCUGCUGCCACUGGGCCCCGAGGCUGGAGAGGCUUGUGAAGGAGUCCAGGGCACUGUCUGCAAGAGGCGGAAGCUGUGUUUCACCCAUGGGAGACAGACAAGGCUCAGCUUGGCGCUGCCCGGCCAGUAUGAACUGGUGCACCAGCUGGCGGCUAACUGUGGUCGCUGGGAUACCGUGCCUCGGGAAGACCUGGAGAUCCAUGAGGAAUGCGAGGACCCGGCUCACAGGCUAGCAGAGCUGGAGAUCACGCUGCAUCACCCACUGCUACAGGAAGCAAAGGUCAUGGUGGUGCCUUGUCCAAGUGUGCAGCCCAUAGACGAGGCCCUGGAAGACUGCACUCGCAACGUGAUCCCCAUCAUACUCUAUGCCAUCAACCAGGACUCGCUAAGCACAGAGCACGUGGCUGAGCUCCGGAAGGUCAAAGAGAUGCUCCCCUUUCCCAUCUGUUUUGUUCGUAUCCCUGACACUAUUCCAGCAGCCUCCCCAGAAUCCGGCCGCCGUGCGGAGAAGGAAAAGGAGAGGGAGAAGAGCGGCCUCCAUAAGCAGCUCCUCUCCCUCGGCUUCCUCAGUAGCCCGACAGGAAACUGCUCCUGUGGCGCCCCUACGCAGAUGCCCACUCCAGGUGCCAAGCCCCAAAGCAUGCUGGGUGAGGCUUUUGAAAGACUGCAUCGGUUGCUGGUGCCUUUUGCUCGCCAAGUGCUUCAAAACCAGCAGGUGGAGGCUGCCAACCUGCUUAAUGGGCUUCAUUGUCGCUGUCUAGAUCUUUUCAUCAACCAGGCCUUUGACAUGCAGAGGGACCUGCAGAUAACGCCACGCAGGCUGGAGUACACCCGUGAGAAAGAGGGUGAACUCUUCACCUCCCUCAUGGCCAUCGCUAACCGCAAACAGGAAGAGAUGAAGGAGAUGAUAGUGGAGACACUCAGCAGCAUGAAGGAGCAGCUGCUGGAGGAUGCUGCCAACCUGGAGUUUACAGACAUCAUCGUAACAACUAAUGGAGAGCCUGUUACAUCAAAGGAGAUCAAAUCUUGCAUCCACCAGAUCCAGGAGCUGAUAGUGGUUCGCUUGAAUCAGGCCGUGGCAAACAAGCUCAUCAGCUCUGUGGACUACCUGCGGGAGAGCUUCGUAGGAACUCUGGAGCGAUGUCUCAACAGUCUGGAGAAAUAUCACAUCGACUCUUCUGUCCACAAUAUCACCUCCAAUCACCUCAAACAGUUAUUAAAUGCUGCCUAUCAUGUUGAGGUCACCUUUCAUUCAGGAUCCUCUGUCUCGAGACUCUUCUGGGAGCAAAUCAAACAGAUAAUCCACAGGAUAACAUUUGUGAACCCUCCUGCCAUCACACCAGAGUGGAAGCGGAAAGUGGCCCAGGACGCCAUAGAAAGUCUGAGUGCAGCCAAACUGGCCAGAAGCAUCUGCUCCCAGUUCAGAACCCGUCUCAACAGCUCCCAUGAGGCCUUUGCUGCAUCCCUGCGCCAGCUGGAGGAAGGGCACACGGGGCGACUGGAGCGCACUGAGGACCUGUGGCUGCGUGUGAGGAAGGACCACGCCCCUCGGCUGGCCCGCCUGUCCCUGGAGAGCCGCUCCCUCAGGGAUGCGCUGCUGCAUGGCAAGCCUAAGCUCGGGCGAGAGUUGGGUCGGGGCCAGUACGGAGUCGUUUACCUGUGUGACAGCUGGGGAGGGCACUACCCAUGUGCCUUAAAGUCUGUGGUACCGCCUGACGAUAAACACUGGAACGACCUGGCUCUGGAGUUUCACUACACAAGGACUCUGCCCAAGCACGAGCGGCUCGUCGACCUGCACGGCUCUGUGAUCGAUCACACCUACGCCGGCGGCUCCAGCAUCGCGGUGCUGCUCAUCAUGGAGCGGCUGCACAGAGACCUCUAUACAGGGCUGAAGGCUGGUUUGCCACUGAGGGAGAGACUCCUGAUCGCUCUGGAUGUGGUGGAGGGGAUCCGCUUCCUGCACAGUCAGGGCCUCUUGCACAGAGACAUAAAGCUAAAGAAUGUUCUGUUGGACAAACAAAACCGUGCAAAGAUCACUGACCUGGGCUUCUGCAAACCUGAGGCCAUGAUGUCUGGCAGCAUCGUUGGAACACCCAUCCACAUGGCUCCAGAGCUGUUUACAGGAAAGUACGAUAACUCUGUGGACGUCUACGCCUUCGGGAUCCUUUUCUGGUACCUCUGCACUGGUUCGGUGAAACUCCCAGAAGCCUUUGAGAAAUGCUCCAGUAAAGACCAGCUCUGGAACAACGUUAAAAAAGGAGCCAGACCCGAGCGUUUGCCCAGUUUUGACGAGGAAUGCUGGCAGCUGAUGGAGGCCUGCUGGAACGGGGACCCUUCCCAGAGGCCCCUCCUCGGUAUCGUGGAGCCCAGCCUGCAAAGCAUCAUGGUCCGACUCUGCAACUGCAGCUCAGAACAGAAAAGCAGCAGCCUCGAGGACUCGAACUGAAAACACUCCAGACAAACUAACACAGGCGAGAUAGGGAUUCAGAUGAGGAAAGUAUUUUGUAUUUAUGAAGAGCGGAGAAAGAACAGGUGGCCGGUGCAUAACGUUCGAGCUGUCCUCCUCGUUCACAGUUGUUGGAUUUACAUUAUUUAUGAGGAGUUGAUACAGACCAGAAGUUUGCAAAUAUGUGUGUUUUAUUUGUGCUUUGUGUAUUUGUAUACAAACUCUACAGUAUGUUUUCGUCCUAGCUGCCGUGCUAAUUGCUACUUGGUCAUUGAAUUGUUACUAGAUGCAAACUGUUUUAAAAGUACUCCGUUCCCAGUAUUAUGAAAAAAAUAUAAAUAUAUAAAAGAUUAAUUUUAGAUUGUAUUUAAACCGAACAUGUCUGCAUCUAUACAAAUACGUCUUUUUUUAAUAAAAUGAUGUUACA